GGAUCACACUCGUGUCCGCUUUUGACGCCCUUCCCCAUGAAGAUCGAUGCUCUGCGGCGCAGGGUUAUAAAAUAAGGCUUUGAUGGAAUAUCAAAGCAAGGCACCGAACACGGCACAUAACCGCAGCACCCACGAUCAGCCCUGUUCCUCCAGCGCUCCUCCUCUCAGGGCGGGAUAUCCUCUUUCAAAACUUCCUCGGCAGCCUUCCUACUUUGGGCACUUCUCGACAGGGACGCUGAAUCCCUGCUUUGUAAACUUUGCGAUGACUUUGCUUGGUACCCUGAGACACUGGCCGGGUCGGCGAUUAUGGGCCCGGGUCGCGAUGCCUUACACAGCGGGUUCGGGAGGAAAACCCGGCGCCGAGGCGACCCCGUGCCGCGGGGCGCACACUGAGUCCUCGCUCCCCGCGGGGGUAGAAGUGGAUCUCAGCCGGCUGGAGGGGGCAGACGCCGGGAUCGUGGAGGUGCUGAUGUGCCGGCAGAGGGCACGAAACUCCCUGGGCAAGGUGUUUGUGUCUCAGAUGCGGGAGGUGGUGGCCCAUCUCCAUGGCGACACUUCAGUCCGCGUGGCAGUGUUUCGCAGCCUGGUGCCUGGAGUCUUCUGCGCAGGUGCUGAUUUGAAGGAACGUGCUAAGAUGACUAACUCUGAAGCGGAGCACCUUGUCCGUGGGUUGCGGUCACUCAUGACGGAAAUCGCGGUGUUGCCGAUGCCCACCAUCGCUGCGGUGGACGGCUUUGCCCUGGGUGGGGGGCUGGAGCUGGCGCUGGCCUGUGAUCUCCGCACAGCAGCUUCCACGGCACAGAUGGGCCUGAUUGAAACGACACGAGGAUUGCUCCCGGGGGCAGGGGGCAGCCAGCGCCUCCCGCGAUUGGUGGGCUUUGCUGUGGCCAAGGAGAUGAUGUUCACAGGGCAGAGGGUGACGGGCGAGCGGGCCUUGCAGCUCGGCCUGGUCAACAGGGUGGCGGAGCAGAACGAGGCUGGGGAUGCGGCCUACAGGGAGGCCCUCCAGCUGGCCCGUGAAAUACUGCCACAGGCCCCCAUCGCCCAGCGGAUGGUGAAGGAGGCCAUUUGCCGGGGUGUUGAGGUGGAUAUCGACACGGGAAUGGCUAUCGAGGGCAUGUGCUAUGCCAGGGUCAUUCCCACCCGGGACCGUCAGGAAGGGAUGGCGGCGUUCAUUGAGAAGAGACCCCCUCGGUACACCGGGCAGUAGAGCCCCUCCUGAGUGACCUUCACGCCUAAUUUAUUUAUUACAGCUUCUGUUCCAUGGUGUGUUUUCAGCGGUUUUUUUCCCUCACGAGUAAAAUCACUCAUCCAA